UCUCGGAAAAGCUUUUCAGUAAAUGCACUCAUGCUACUACAGGAGCUUCUCGCUGCAAUAAGCUACCCAUCUGCCAUCAACAAGUUAAGACUAAGAGAACUAACAGCUGUGCAAAAGAAAGACCAAAGCUUCAAUUAAACAGCCGAACAGACGCAGAAGGAGAAAAAUAAAACUUAUAUUCAGUACUGAUUCAAGAAUUACAGAGCUGUCACAGAAAAUCAAGCCAAUGAAUUCAAAAGGAAUAUCCUAAGGGGGAAAAAAAGCCUGGUGGAUUCAAUUUUACCCUGAUAUCCUAAGAUACUGAAAAAGAGUAAAUUAUUCAAAGGCGACUGAAUGUUCAAGCCUUUUUCAGACUCACUGCUUUGAGUCUACGACUGAAUGCAACCUCCAAUGUGCUCAAAAGAAUGGGCUUACAUUUCAAGUGGCCAUUAGGGGCUCCUAUGCUGGCAGCGCUAUAUGCAAUGAGUGUGGUUUUAAAAAUGCUGCCUGCCUUGGGCAUGGCUUGUCCACCAAAAUGCCGCUGCGAGAAGCUGCUCUUUUACUGUGACUCUCAGGGGUUUCACUCAGUGCCAAACAACACUGACAAGGGCUCUCUAGGUUUGUCACUGAGGCACAAUCACAUUUCUGAACUUGAAAGGGAUCAAUUUGCAAGCUUCAGUCAACUUACUUGGCUCCACUUAGACCAUAAUCAAAUUUCAACAGUUAAAGAAGAUUCUUUUCAAGGACUCUAUAAACUUAAGGAAUUAAUCCUAAGUUCCAACAAAAUAUCUUACUUGCCAAACACAACUUUUAGUCAACUGCUUAACCUGCAAAAUUUGGACCUGUCUUUUAAUCAGUUAUCAUCUCUGCAUCCAGAAUUGUUCUAUGGCCUUCGGAAGCUGCAAACCUUACAUUUGCGCUCCAAUUCCCUGCGGACCAUCCCUGUUCGCCUUUUCUGGGACUGUCGUAGUCUGGAGUUUCUGGAUUUGAGCACAAAUCGUUUGCGAAGUUUGGCACGCAAUGGAUUUGCAGGAUUAAUCAAACUGAGAGAGCUUCACCUAGAGCACAACCAGCUGACAAAGAUUAAUUUUGCUCAUUUCCUACGGCUAAGCAGUCUGCACACGCUCUUCUUACAGUGGAAUAAAAUUAGCAACUUGACAUGUGGGAUGGAGUGGACCUGGGGCACCAUAGAAAAGCUUGAUUUGACUGGAAAUGAAAUCAAAGCCAUCGACAUUACAGUGUUUGAGACCAUGCCUAAUCUUAAAGUACUUCUAAUGGAUAACAACAAGCUCCACAGCCUGGAUUCCAAGAUCUUAAAUUCUCUCAGAUCCUUAACUACAGUUGGCCUCUCUGGCAAUCUGUGGGAAUGCAGCCCCAAAAUCUGUGCACUGGCCACAUGGCUGAGUGGUUUCCAAGGUCGGUGGGAGCACUCAAUACUGUGCCACAGCCCAGACCACACCCAGGGAGAGGAUAUUCUAGAUGCAGUUUAUGGAUUUCAGCUUUGCUGGAAUUUAUCAACUACUGUCACUGCCAUGGCUACAAGUUACAAAGAUCCAACCACUGAAUACACAAAAAGAAUAAGCUCAUCAAGUUACCAUGUGGGAGACAAAGAAAUCCCAACUACUGCAGGCAUAGCAGUUACUACUGAUGAACACUUUCCUGAACCAGACAAUGCCAUCUUCACUCAGCGAGUAAUUACAGGAACAAUGGCUUUAUUGUUUUCUUUCUUUUUUAUUAUUUUUAUAGUGUUCAUCUCCAGGAAAUGCUGCCCUCCUACUUUAAGAAGAAUUAGGCAGUGCUCAAUGAUUCAGAACCACAGGCAACUCCGAUCCCAAACACGACUCCAUAUGUCAAAUAUGUCAGACCAAGGACCAUAUAAUGAAUAUGAACCCACCCAUGAAGGACCCUUCAUCAUCAUUAAUGGUUAUGGACAGUGCAAGUGUCAGCAGCUGCCAUAUAAAGAAUGUGAAGUAUAAUAACCUACAAGUCAUCAAAAAUUACAUCAGAUAAGUAACCUAUUUUAAAUUGUAGGGGGCUAAAUACAUAACUAAUUUUUACAAAUGGUGACAUUAAGCCUAAUUUUCCAAAACAAGUGGAGACAUAGUUUUUGAAGUGGUGAAGUAUUUUUUAUUUUUAUUUUUUAAAUGGAACCAUAUUUUAAGUGUUAAAAGAAGCAAUGAUUACAUUACUUUGCACUCCUAUUUGGAAAUCUAAAAAUACUCACUUCAAAAUAAUGUAAGAUGUUACAUGUUAUGUAAUCAUACCAUCAUGUGUAAACAUUUAUACUAAAGUCUCCAAUGUGCUACUUUUUUCUACUGAAAACGGUCUGAAAAGAAGUGAGCAUGAAAGAAUACAGAUCAUAAUCUGUUCCACUGUGGCUAUCUGAUCUCAUGGAUUACAGCUGGCUCACUAACUAUAAAGGAAGACUUAAUGAAAGAUUUCAUAUGUGAUUAUAAUUUGAUAUUGACUCAGAUAUAUAAUCAACAGUCACAUGUAAGUGGAAUUCUGCGUCUAAUGAGAUAUGGCCCAUUUAAAAGCCUUUUUGCCCAAGUCUAUCCACAGUCAUUGCCUAGGUUAGUGGGUAUAUGCCAGAGCUCACAUUACAAAUUCAGAACACUUUAUAUCAUUUGAAUGGGCUUGGUUCAGAUGCUUAAACAAAGAAUUCAACUGAUGACCAAAUGGUCUCAUUACAGUUAAAUCCAUACUAAAUAAUUACAUUAAAUCAUUAAGGUCUCUGGUUUUACUUUUACAAAUCUUUUUGUGAAAUUUAGACAGUUACUUAAAAUGGAGUGGUAAAGUGGCAUUUCAACACUAAUAUACUCAAUCUUACAUUUAAGUGUAAAUGAAAAACCAAGGUUAACUAGGGGGAGGGAGGUAUAACAAGGAGGAAUCCACAAAUGAGUCAAUGCCAUAAUCCCAUGACAUUCUUAAUCUAGCCAGAAGGCUAAUUCACAUAAUGACCACUUGUCCCAAGAGAGGGGUUUAAACUCUAUACCCUUCUUUUUGUCUGUUUUUCAGUCUUUAAAGAACAUUUUAAAUAACUGGCUAGCAAGAUGUGUUAGAAUACAAAUCGACUAUCAAAAAUCACUUCUUUAAAAUACUGAGUUUUAUGUUCAAGAAUGAAAACCAAAAAAAAAUAUUAAUUUAACAACAAAGCAUUCUGAAAAUAAAGGCAAGUGUGUUACUUAAAAAUAACCUGUCAGUCAGGAAAAAUACAUAUGCCUAUGUGUCCACACAGUAACACCAUGGUACCAAUGGUACAAGGCAAUGAAAAUUCAAACAUUACAGAAUUUGAAUGACUCAAAACAAACCAGGUUAAUUAAAGUUAACAAAAACAGGCAAAAGUAAGGUGGAUAUGGACAGUUAUAUGUACCAACAUACACUGGUGUGUUAGAUUCAAUAGUAUCUGAACAUUAGGUUGCCAUACACACAGCUAAAUUGUUUUUAAAAAGAAUAACCCAAUAAUUUAGAGUGUUAAUAUAGUUUUAAACAAUUUAAUGAUUACUGGGAGCUAAUGGUGUCAAACUUUUCACAGAGAAAAGGCUUACCUAACUAUUGUUGUUUUAACUUCAGUUUUGAUUAAAAAAAAAACAAUUGGUAGGAAAUUUGGGUUUCAGAGGCCAAUUCCAAAUUCACAUUUUAACAUUUUCUUGUAAACAAGAUAUGAUGUAUCUAUAAUCACACGCAACUGCAGGAUCAAAUCACUGACCUGAUUUGAAAGUGUGGUUUGUUUGGGUUUUUUUUUUUUUAAACCACUGGCAUUUGCUGCCUGGGAAAUGGUUUAUGCAUAGAUGUCCAGAUCCUCUCCCCCUAACCCCCUCAAAACUUUCCUUUUUAUUCUUCAAUUAAAUUGUCCAUAGGCAUAAUAUUCUUCAAUAAGGACGGUCUAUCCUAUCAGGAAAAUAGAAUGUCAGACUAUACCAUCCCAUGCAAUUGUAGUAUGUUUAACCAUUAUAGUCUUUUGGAGCAAGAUAGGCUUGUAUACCUCUCUCCUUUUCCCCCUCCCUUACAAUUUUUUUCUAAGUCACUAAAGGAACAAGAAGAUUAUAAAUUACGGUACAAUACAAUUGCCUUUUGGAAAGUUACAUUAAUAUGGUAAAGCCAUAUUUUUUUUUACUCUCCUAAGCUUCCAUCCUGCUCAACUGAUGUGCAGCAGGCAGACAUCACCCUCAUUUCUUCCUAAACUAUACACUGUGCGUGUGCAAGGGCAGAAACUGAUUUUACAAGGAAACACUGGUCCCAAAAAGCAGGAUCAGAACCUGACUGAUAAAAUAACACCUAAGGGGCAAAUAUGGUUGUUUUGUUGUUUUUGAUCAUGACAAGAGUUGCUCUAGGCAUAAUGAAGGUUUCUUGUAUGGCGAUGAAUAACAGGAAUAUUUGUAAUAAUUUUGAUCACAAAUUAGUUAGUUUAAACUGAUUUUUUCUCAAGAAACAGCGUAGACAUCCCACAAGACACAGAAAGCAAAUGAGCUAUCCACAGGUAAAAUUCUGAGAACUGAAUAGGAAAAACUGGUUCUGUGGCCUCUGAGGAAUAGGAUUUGCAAAGACCACCAAGAGAGACUUUUCAAGUGGAUCUUAAAAAGAUAAAAAUUAUUGAUCUCCUUUGCCUUUUGUAGUGCAUGGAGAGAAUGUGAAUAACCAAACCAAAUACCUAUUUUCCUUUUUCACUAAUGAGGCGCCUUUCUUUUCCUGUGACCCACAGAAGGCAUGAAUCUAUUUAAUUUUGAUCUCUUUAUGCUUCAGCACCAGGAUUAGGUUGUUAUUCAUCUGUGCUCUCUCUCUCUCUCUCUCUCUCUCUUCACAAACUGGCUACUGUCAAACAACAAAACUCUGUAUUUCGUUAACUGAAGUCAAAUGAAAAUUUUUAUGUUAAUUUCUCCCACACAAAAAGUUUUAUAUCAUUUUUACUACAUAGUCACUGAAAACAGAAUCAAAUUCAUGAUAGGAUGUUAUACCCACCUAAUAACAGGAGCUAGUUUACAAUCAUUUAUAUACAUUGUUUAAGCUUGUGAGAGUUUGAGCUUGCAUGGGAUUUCAAUCACUUUAUUGAAAAGGAAAAAAAGCCAGUAAAUUUAUAAAUUCAUAAAGCUGAGCUAGAGAGAGCACCCACUGCCAACAAUUGAAAGCAACGAUACUUGUUUUUUAAGCCAGAAAUCUACACUAACAUUCAUAAUUUCCUACUGUGUCUAAGUUAAUUUUUGCGCCAGUUUAAUGAAUAGAAAAUUGAUUAAACCUCUCAAUUUCAAUAAUUAUGGAAACCCAUCUGCUUACUCUAAGGCCAUGUAGGCCUUAGGCUUUUUGAAUCUUUCCUUGAUCUUUCCAAUAAAAAGACCUCCCUGCUGAAGCACUGAGGUCUUAAACCUAAAAUUUAAAACUACUGAGAACACAAUUUUUAACGCUUACUUUCUGAGACUAAGAAUAGUAAUCACAAAAGCUUUACUACACCCCUGAACCUAUAUAAAGUGUAAGGCUCCUUACUAUUAUCAUUUUCCUAACAUAGCAAUACAAUUAAAGGUCAUUCUGGAGAAUCUACUUUGGGCUAGUUUUCAUAUCUUAAUUCACUAAACAACUUCUUGAGAGGUAAGGCAUAGAAAGCUGGACAAACAAUAAUUCACAUCUACCUAACCUGAGGCAAAUUCAUGAUCUAAUAAGGCCAAAACAAAUACAAAAAGGACUGUUUGAGCUUUCAUAUUGAAGAUGCAAACAUCUAAAAAGCUCUAUCUGCUACCCUUUUCAACUACUCUUUUUUCCCUUAGUGAUAAAAAUUCACAUGUAAGGAAUGCUAUAGUCAUUUUUUUUUUCAACAAUGAACCUGGAGACUCAAAAGUGCAGCCCAAAUGCAUUGUGUUCAAAUCACCUUUGAGAGCCAUUUUGGGGAAACGGGUGGGA